AUGUUGUCGCGCCGUGUAUUCCAGCAACUCACCGAUGGCGCGCUUCUAGGAGCAAGGCAUUGGCCCGCGCCAGCCUUCUGCGCCGCCGUCAAAUGUACCACAUGUUUACCAACAGCAUAUCCCAGAGCUGCUGCGUUGCGAUGGUCCUCCUCGUCAACGAGAUGGAAAUCACGACAAGGAAAGGACUUCUUUGCCAAGGAGGCAAAGGUACAGGGACUGAAGAGUCGCGCUGCAUUCAAGCUUCUCGAGUUGAACGAGAAGCAUAAGCUCUUCAAGCCCGGCCAAACUGUGGUCGAUUUGGGAUUUGCUCCCGGCUCGUGGUCCCAGGUCGCCGCGAACAGAACCUCACCCGGCGGCCGCGUCGUAGGCAUCGAUCUCAUACCGGCCCAGCCUCCCCGAGGCGUCUCGACGAUCCAAGGAAACUUCCUCUCUCCAACAAUACAAGCCGAAGUGCGAGCCUACGUGCAAGACCCCGACCUUGGUCGCCCCAGAAAGCAGGUCGCGACGCACAAAGAUGACGGAAUGACAGAAGAGGAGCUCGAUGAAAUGGAGAAAAGCUACGUUGACAUCGAGCGACAUGCACAUCUAGAAGGGGUUGGUGCGGAAUCGAUAGGACAACUAGACAAGGAGACUACCGGCAGCGAGUCGAAGCUUUCGCUGAAAGAGCGAGACUUGCGCCAAGGCAGAGUCGUGGACGUGGUGCUCUCAGACAUGUCAGAACCCUGGGACCAGACUACUGGCUUCUAUAAGAAGAGCUUGAGUGACCCGUAUUUCAGGUUGAUGAACACGUCUGGCAUUGCUUUCAAGGACCACGCUGGCAGCAUGGAUCUAUGUAUGGCAGGGCUGAACUUUGCAUUCGACACACUCCGCACCGGUGGCCAUUACCUCUGCAAGUUCUAUCAAGGUCCGGAAGAUAAAGCCCUCGAGACAAAGCUCAGGCGUCUGUUUGCUAAAGUGCAUCGCGAGAAGCCGGAUUCUUCACGAGCCGAGUCCAAGGAGGGAUACUUCGUUGCACUGCGACGCAAAGAAAGCCCGACAAGAGAAGAUGUAUUUCGAGAAUAA